AUGAGAACUUAAUUACCACUAUUGCUAGUAGCUGUGGCUUUCCCUGCUGCCUCUAUUGCUUAAGGAAUAUUCAAUGGACCACACAAGGAGCCUCUUACCUCUGCUAGUUAUGGCCAAGCAGGUUAUGCAGACAUUAAAAACUUGCAAGACUUAGCCAACGAGUAUUUCAACACUAUCUGCAGACAGAAUGGAAGGGAUAAUGGCUGCUACAAGUAUGUUGACAUCUAAGGAUAACAAGACCAUAACUGGCCACAAAGAAAAGUAGAGGUUAUGGAUGUCGCCUAACUUAAAUACGAUGUGAAACAGAAGAUUACCAGACCAUCUUUAGUCUUGUCACAGGACUACUGCAAUUCAUUGUCUAAAGAUGGAUCAUUCAAUUUUGAAAAAUCUACCACUACUUCAACAACAUGCACAUGGUCUGUUACUGAAGGUUUAUCAUAUCAAAACUCAGUGAGUGUCAAGGUAUCAAUCCCAGAACUAGCUGAAACUAGCUUCUCAGAAAGUAUUACCCUCAGCAUGUCGAGCACUUAAAGCCAAUCUACUACACACACUGACAACUGGUAAAUUUCAACAACUGUUCCAGUCCCAUCUCAAACUUAUGUAAAUGCUACUUACACUGUUAUUGAAUCUGAUUUCGACACAGCAUGGACUGCUGAUGUUACUAUUAGAGGUUGUGCCAAUGUUUGGUUCAAUGAUAAGAUCGAUGGUCACUGGGAAUGGUGGCACGGAGUUACUAUGGUUUACGCUAAUGUCCCAGGCUUCUCAUGCUACUCAUAAGGAAAUGAUCCAUGCACUGAUUAAUAUUGCACAUACUAAGCUAAGGGAACUUAUUACGGUAUUGGUGGUGCUGCAGCUCAUCUUGAUACCGACCACAAGCCAUGUAUCAAGGAUGCAGAGGCUUCUUUCUUGGAAUGA